AUGUCCGACCGAGAAACUGCAAACGUAAACUUAGACUUAGUAGGUAAGCGUUCGAUAAAAAGCGUUGAUAAAAAGAAAAAUAAAGAAGCUCAACAAGAAUCCAAUGAAUUAUUAUUAAGUGGUAAUACUCCCUUUGCAACUGGUGGCGCAGCCACAACGGAAUGUAAGGCUGGAACAUCUGAAAAGGAAAAAUGUACUCCACCCUCUGUAGAAAAUAACUGUCGUAUCUGUAACUCUGAGGAUGAUAGUCGAAUGGUACAAUGCGACAAUUGCGAUGGUUGGUAUCAUUUUGCAUGUGUGGGCGUUUCACAAGAAAUAGAGCACCAAGAUUGGAUUUGUACGGAAUGUGAGUCAGCAAAAAGUUCGCAGGAGAAUGCAUUAGGCGCUAAAAAGAAAACUGUAUUGAAAUCGAAACCACUCCAAACUAAGGAAGAAGACAUUAAACAGAAGGUUACGGUUGGUGAUGUGUUUCUGGAAUUACACGAUCAGAACCAGAAACAAUCUCGAAAGUCGUUGAAAGAAGGAUCGGUGACUUCUGGGUUAUCAAAAAAGUCGGCAAAGACAUUGUUGACAAUACAACUCCAGAAAAUUGAGGCUGAAGAGGCGCUUAUGAAGGAAGAAAUAAGGCGAAAGAGAGAGUUAAUAGAGAAAAAAUUCAGUGUAUUAGAAGAAAUAGCUGAAAUAGAAUCAGAAACGAAAUCCGCUGGUGUGCCACAUACUAGUUCAAUGGUGAAGGUGAAAGAAUGGUUGAACGAUGACCAGGCGAUGAAUACUGCAGAUAGAGAAGCUCAUGGUGACGAAGAUUUAUGUGAUUCCGAUAAUGAUGCAGCGAUAUCAGGCAAAGGCGAAGAGGCGUGCGAAGAUGGAAGUCAACAUAACUUGUCAGGUCAGCAGGUGAGGAUCAGCGUAAAUCUGAAUUCAAUCCACCUAAGCGAUCGACUCCAAAUCACUCGCGAGCAGAUUGCCGCCCGCCAGGUUGUACCACGCGAUUUGCCAAAGUUCAGCGGUAAUCCCGACGAUUGGCCAAUGUUUUUCUCCACCUAUGAGAGUACAACGACAAUGUGUGGGUACAGAGACGAAGAAAACAUGAUUCGCCUACGAAACUGCCUGAAAGACGAAGCUCUCGCCGCUGUUCGAAGCUUCCUCAUGCACCCCUCAACCGUUUCCAAGGCAAUAGCAGCGCUCAAGCUACGAUUUGGACAACCACAUACAAUAAUUAGAUGUCUUGAGGAGAAAAUAUUGGCGAUGCCUCCAAUAAAGGGAGACUCCCUGGAUCGACUAAUAGAUUUCGCCUUGUCGGUACAGAAUCUGUGUGCCACUAUUGACGCGUGUGGAACGAAGGAAUAUAUGAAAGAUGUUACGUUACUCCACGAAUUAAUCAACAAACUGACAUCAUCCCUGAAACUUGAUUGGGCAAGGUAUCAGAGAACACUGAGCAAAGUCAAUUUAGCAAUUUUCAAUAAAUGGAUCUAUACGUUAGCCGAAGAUGCAUGUGCAGUUACUGAACCACACAGCAAUCAUAAGGGUAAAGUUUUCCUAAAUGCACACUCGGAAGAGCCCGCUGUCGUUGAAGAAAGAUCGUCCAUCGGUGAGUCAAUACAUAACGCGCGGGUUGCCGCUGCUACUCACGCUAAGUCGAGUAAUUCUUCACCGUUUGAAUUGCUGCCACGUGGCUCGAAUACAGACGUCAUAAAAAAUGCCCAGUGUGCAAAGGCGGAUGCACAAGCGUCGGAUUAUGUAAUAUCUUCGAGAGACUGUCAUAUGGUCUAUAGCACGCGGGAUGAAAAUAUGCCGAAGGUGCCUCAAACAACACAGAGGAGGCUGCAGUGGCAAAGUUUGUGGGAAAAAUGGAUCCAAUCGAGUCGCGAAUCAGAACAUGACCUUCACACGCACCAAACGGUUUCGAGCGGUGGAUUGUUCCGCUACGUCCCAGUAGAGCUGUAUGGAGCUAGGAAACAUAUUCGAUGCUAUGCAUUCCUUGACGACGGUUCCGCCCUUACACUUAUGGAUCAGCAAAUUGCGGAUGAUCUUGAAUUAUUCGGAGCGGUCAGUCCCCUGUGUUUAAGAUGGACUGGAGGUACACACCGUUACGAAGCGAACUCCCAAAUUGUGUCGGUGGACAUAUCUGGGUGUGAAGGUAAAAAGUAUCAUCUCCGUGAGGUAAGAACUGUAGGGGAACUACAACUGCCAUAUCAAUCCCUCGACAUGGAAGAAUUGCAAAGGAAACAUCCGUACUUGUCAGGUCUACCAAUAAAUUCCUAUCACGAAGUACGUCCUCGCAUCCUGAUAGGGUUGAAACACGCCAACAUCACCCUAGUUAGACGCAGUCGCGAAGGGCAACAGGGUGAACCAAUUGCUGUGAAAACCAAUUUGGGAUGGACGGUCUUUGGAGUUAUGCCCGCGGAGCAGUCUACGAAUAUGGUACAUUAUACCUACCACAUAUGUUCUUGUGAUGGAGUUUUGCAACAAGCUGUAAAAGACUAUUUUUCUCUCGAUAGCUUAGGAAUAGCGAAGUUAAGUCAUACGUUCAGUUCCAAUGAAGACGAGAGAGCUUUGUCACUAUUAAAUUCGCUAACACGUUGCAUGGGGGAACGCUUCGAGACGGGCCUCCUUUGGCGCUAUGAUGACGUUCGGUUGCCAGAUAGCAGGCCUAUGGCUCUCAAACGGGCAAAAUGUCUUCGAAGCAGAAUGACAAAGAACCCUCAAUUGGCAGAUUCACUUAACAACAUAAUCGCCGAGUAUCAAUCGAAAGGUUACAUCCGAAAAGUUUCGCAGAGUGAAUUGGUUACGACUUCUCAGCGUGUGUGGUAUCUUCCAAUAUUCCCGGUUUUUAAUCCCAAUAAACCCGGUAAAUUGAGGAUUGUGUGGGAUGCGGCUGCGCCGGUACAUGGAACCUCACUCAAUUCUGUUCUUCUGACUGGGCCAGAUCAGCUAACUUCACUCAUCUCAGUACUGCAAAAAUUCAGAGAACAUCGAUUCGCAAUUUGUGGGGAUAUCCUUGAGAUGUUCCAUCAAGUUAGUAUUAGAAAAGAAGAUCAGCAAUGUCAACGAUUUUUGUGGUAUGAAGGUGACGAACAGGAGCCUAGUACAUUUGUGAUGCAGGUGACCUUCGGUGCGUGCUGCUCUCCGAGUGCAGCUCAAUUUGUGAAAAAUAAAAACGCAAAGAGAUUCGAAGUCGAGUUCCCGCGUGCCGCGGCUGCUAUAAUGAAAAACCACUAUGUAGAUGAUUGGCUUGCAAGCGCUGAGACGGAAGAAGAGACUAUUGAACUAGCGAGAGCAGUCCGGCACGUUCAUGCGAAGGGUGGGUUUGAAAUGCGGAAUUGGGUGUCCAACUCCCCUAAGAUUUUAUCAGCCCUUUGCGAGAGACCAACAGGUUCCAAAGAUUUGAACUUAGGAGCUGCAUUAGCUGCGGAGAAGGUAUUAGGAAUGUGGUGGGAUACAUCGACAGAUUCUUUUGCCUUCAAAAUUUGUUGGACGCGGUUGGAUCAUGAUCUUCGGAACGGAUGUCGACGACCAACGAAACGAGAAAUGCUCCGUAUACUGAUGACCAUUUUUGAUCCAUGA